GAUAUCUGGUUCUGAUCAAUCCUGUUCUUACACGUUAAUAAUGUGAGGGAAGAUGCUGGAGAGGAGAAGCAAGGCUUGAAAAGCCUGACGAUCCCACUGAGGUGUGAGAGCUCUCGACGAGCCGGCUGAAGCAUGACGGGUGCCUAUAGAGGCAAGAAAACCUCUUGAGCCAGCUAAGACAUGGAAUCCCGACGAGCCAGCCGAGGCACUCUCGGUUCCAUUGGCGACGGCACCCAGACACAACGUCAGCAACAAAAACAAAAAAACUAAAGUUCCCUCAUGCUUCACAUAUUGGUGUCAGCAUUCUGUGAGGGCAGAUGCUGGAGACGAGAAGCAAGUACAGGGAGUGAACAUUUAAUGAAACUCGGACAUGAAACAGAACACGGACAGCGUCUGGACAGGGGAACAGGUAAACGACAAUAAUGCUGAUGCGGGGAACACAUGGAGGAACAGACAGAGAUAGAUGGGGCAAUCAACAAGGUGAAGGAGUCCAGUUGCAGAGUCGUAACCAUGGGGAAGGGAUGCAUCACGGCAACUAAGUACUUCCUGUUCCUCUUCAACCUCCUCUUCUUUAUCUUUGGAGCAUUGAUCAUGGGCUUUGGACUGUGGGUUCUCCUGGAUAACCAGAGCUUCAUCGCAGUUCUGCAGGAAUCCUCUACUACCCUGAAGGUAGUGUCCUACAUUUUCAUCAGUGUGGGGUCUCUUUCCAUGGCCAUGGGCUUCCUGGGCUGUAUAGGAGCCAUCUAUGAGAUACGCUGCCUGCUGGGCCUGUACUUCACCUGCCUCCUGCUCAUCCUCAUUGCCCAGGUAACUGCUGGGGUGCUCAUCUACUUUCAGAGAGACAGGCUGAAGCAUGAGAUGUCCAACAUCAUCAAGGGGAUGUUGAUCAACUACACUGGUCAGAACAGGACCACAGAACACACCUGGGACUAUGUACAGAGGACGAUGAAGUGCUGUGGUUGGACUGGCCCAGGCAACUGGUCGGAGAAUGUAUGGAUCAGGAACAGUUCUGUCUCCAUGUACCCUUGCUCCUGUCGGAACGAAACCCUGCCCGGGACAGACGUCAAGGAGACAGGGCUCUGUGAACACUUGUCCAACAUCCUCCCGGUCUACGAAACGGGCUGCAUGCAUAGUGUGGAGGGCUGGCUUCUGGAGAACUGUGGAGUUAUACUUGGAAUCUGUGUUGGAGUGGCAGUCAUUGAGCUUCUGGGAAUGAUCCUGUCUAUGUGCCUGUGUAAGAGUGUUGUCCAGGAGGACUACACCAAAGUACCCAAGUACUGACUAUGAAGACCUGAAGACAGGAAAAGCUAUACACCACACAGCAUAGAAACAGACAUGCAGACUCACACUCUGACAGUGAAACACAGACACGCAGAUACACACUGACAGUGAAACGCAGACACACACUCUGACAGUGAAACACAGACACGCAGACACACACUCUGACAGUGAAACGCAGACACACACUCUGACAGUGAAACACAGACACGCAGACACA